AUGGCGGUGGCAACUCCUUCGUCUUGUGAAUUUGCUGUGCUGCUAGCAACUGAUGAACCAGUACAGGUAGCUGUGGCAGUGGAGCGUCCCAUGUUAUAUGCUUCUGCUGUGGCGUCCGCUUUUGCUGAGCCAGCAGUGUUUACAUUUGUGGUGGCGACUCCUGCGUCGUGUGCGUGUGAUGUUGCGUACCCAACUGAUGAGCCAGCGGUAUUUAACGUGGCCGUGGCGACUCCUGCGUCGUAUGAGUGCGCUAUGACGGUGGCUACUGAUGAGCCGGCAGCAUUUACCGUAGCCGUCGAGGUACCCCUACCAUAUGUCAUUGCUGUUGCGGUGGCGACUGCUGAACCCGAAGCUAUUGCUGUAGCAACAUGUGGUCCCGUGCCUUGGCCACCCAUCACAGCAGUAGUGACUACUGGGCUAGAGCCAACUGCUUUGACGGUGACGCCUAUCUCGCCAUUUCUGUUAUCUGUAAUGAAUAUGUAA